AUGUUCAGCAGUGCGUCCUGCAUACUGCUCGUUGAGAAGCGCUCUAGAGUAGACCACGCCAACGACCGCAAGGCAGUCGGUGGGGCUCUCCCAAAGGGUGCGGGCGGAGGGUCGAGUUCUGCAGGUGCGGACGCACCCAACGGCGGUGGCGGUCGCUCGCGCCUCAUCGGUAUGGGGCUCCCAAGUGAGGCAGGUGGGCGCUGGAGCGUCGCCAGCGAGGGGUUGCUGGGCGGAAGCGGCUUGAUCUUCGCCGGUGGGCCCCUUCCGAACGGCGUGGGUGGGCGGUCGAGUGAUGCAGGCGCAUAUGCAUCCAACGGCGGUGGCGGUCGCUGGAGCCGCACCGGCGCGGCCCUCCCGAACGGCGUGGAUAGGCGGUCGAGCGUCGCCCGGGAGGUGCCGCUGAGCGGCGGCGGGUUGGUCUUCACCGACGCAGCCCUCCCGAACGGCGUGGGUGGGCGGUCGAGUGAUGCAGGCGCAUAUGCAUCCAACGGCGGUGGCGGUCGCUGGAGCCGCACCGGCGCGGCCCUCCCGAACGGCGUGGAUAGGCGGUCGAGCGUCGCCCGGGAGGUGCCGCUGAGCGGCGGCGGGUUGGUCUUCACCGACGCAGCCCUCCCGAACGGCGUGGGUGGGCGGUCGAGUGGUGCAGGCGCAUAUGCAUCCAACGGCGGUGGCGGUCGCUGGAGCCGCACCGGCGCGGCCCUCCCGAACGGCGUGGAUAGGCGCUCGAGCGUCGCCGAGGAGGUGCUGCUGAGCGGCGGCGGGUUGGUCUUCACCGACGCAGCCCUCCCGAACGGCGUCGGCGGACGGUCGAGUUCCACAGGUGUGGACGCACCCAACGGCGGUGGCAGCCGCUGGAGCCUCAUCGGCGCGGCUCUCCCGAACGGCGUGGGCGUGCGGUCGAGUGCUACAGCCGCCGCUGCACCAAACGGCGGUGGCGGUCUUUCAAGUUUCACUGGCGUAAGCCUUUCCAGCGAGGCCGUUGGGCGGUCGGGCGUUGCCGAUGAGAGGCUGCUGAAUGGUGGCGGUGGCCGUUCGAGCUUCGCCGGGACAGACCUGCUGAAUGGCGUGAAGGGAUGA